CCCUCAAAUCAAUGCAUAAGAGGCAGGCAAUACUUCAAAGCACAGGUAAGCAAAUUCACGAAAAAGGAUUAUGCUGUUGAUGUUUGGUCAAGGAUUUUUUCCAUCUUUUUUGCAAAUGAUAAUCUUGCAUAUUGAUUUAUUUCUUUUUGGGAAAGGCUUUAUCUCGAAAGAGUCGACUAGUAGCAAGAAACAGUAAAGUUCCAGUUCUCUGACAUAAGUGACAAGGCCGGCUUGAGGAUGCGUUGUACCUCUGCCGGCAAAGCUGACGAUUUAAGCAAUAUUGAGUUUGCGAAGAACAUUAACAAAGACAAGUAUCAUAGAAGCCAAAAAAUAGCGCUGAUCAACUCCCGCACUUUGCUGGAGCGGUUAAUGAGCUUUAGAGAGAGUGACUAUACCAAACCGUAAUUAUUUCACUAUGAUGGCGAAUAAUGAUAUAGUCAUGAACCUCUGGCAGCAUCAACAAAGCUCGCUAUAUGAUGAUAGUGAUGAUGGGUCUGGGUUUGCGACUCUUGUUUCCCACCGUCAAUGGAAAAAGAAGAUGCAGGAUCAUGGGAGAUUGAGAUCUUUCCGCUUAUCACCAGUUGGCUCAACAAAGCAGUAGACGAAGCUGUAGAGAAACUUCCACCAUUUCAAGAUGAGGGUAUUCCGACAUUAGAGGAAUCAAUCGAGAUAUAUGGAUAAUGUAU